ACUAAAAGGCGGUUUGGUUUCGGUACACGACGACCUUGACGUGGAUCACACGCGGCACAUCAAAGGCAACGUGCGUGCUGCGGAUUAUCAAACGCUUCUGUAGUUUCUGUAAGUUUUGAAAGGAGCUUAAUUAAGAGGCUCGACAUCAGCGAAUCGAAGUCAUUCUCUCCCAAGAGCGACCAGGAGCAAGACAAGACCGCGGAGCUGUCUGUCCUCUUACUCUCUUCUGCUCUCUUAUUCCAUCUAUCUGUUGGAUUAUUUGUACUGGUGUUACUAUGAAACACUUGGGAUGCUGGAUGUUGUGCGUGGCGCUGUGGGUGCGCUCGGUCUCCACCGGUGUGAGCAGGAAGCGCGGGUCCGUUAAAGGACCCUAUCCGCUCUACAUGAUGCACCUUUACCGGGCUUUACUAGCUGGUGACGGGAAGACAUUAGCGGGGACUUCAGGAGCGGGGAUCGGAUACGAACAGCCAUCUCUGCACCACUCCGACUCGGUGCUCAGCCUCGUAGCUAAAAGUUGCUACCAGUUGGGUGACAAGUGGGCCAUCACGUUUGACAUGUCCUCCAUCUCAGCGAGCGACGAUGUGCAGCGCUCAGAGCUGCGCCUUCGCCUCCCAGACCUCUCCGCCUCUGAGAACCCUGUGGUGGACAUCUACCAUGCUCCCAAAGGUACAGAGGAGCGUCUUUACCUGGGUCGCAUCGAUGUUGUGUCGAGCACGUCUCCAUCCUCACACUCCUCUUGGAGAGUCCUUAAUAUCACCCAGCUGCUGAAGUACUGGCUGCACCAGGGUGGACUGCCUCCCACCCAGGUUCACUGGGAUGAAGGAGCACCCCAAGACCUUGAGCAUCCCAUCCAACAUCCGACAGCCAACAGCAUCAUGAUGGUGGUUUAUUCCAAGCAUGUGAGGACAGAAGCAUUUACGCUGAUCCGCACAGCUGAGCACUCAAAGUAUGUGGCUCAGGAUUGGCCGCUCUCUGAGACAGUGGUCCGGAGACACAAACGCAACCACCGGGCACAUAAGAGGGUGAGUGAAGCAGCAGGGGGCAGCGCCAUCCCAUCACUCACAUCAGAUGAUGGUGAAAAGAAAACCCUGUGCAGGAAGGUGGACAUGUGGGUGGACUUUGACCAGAUUGGUUGGAGUGAGUGGAUUAUUUAUCCAAAGAGAUACAACGCACACCGCUGUGAAGGAGGCUGCCCUACACCAGUGGACGAGUCAUUCACUCCGACAAAUCAUGCAUACAUGCAGAGCCUGUUAAAGCUGCACCAUCCGGACCGUGUCCCAUGUCCAUCCUGUGUACCUACACGCCUGGCUCCUCUCUCCAUGCUCUACUAUGAGAAUGGGAAGAUGGUGAUGAGGCAUCACGAAGGCAUGGUGGUGGAAGCAUGUGGCUGCCACUGAUCUAACUCUCAAACACUGAGCCAAAUCAACUUCAGCACUUACGGCAUCUUUACAUGCCCGUCCCCAACAAUGAGAGACUGCAAGAGAACUUUAGCACUAAGCAGAGAGACAAUGUAGAAAUGCUGACAAUGCACAGAGACAUUUCUUCACCAUCAUUCCAGAAACAUAGCCCUUUCAUAUACCAGUGAUGGACGAUUGACUAAUUUAAAUAAAUACUCAUGAGUGCAUAAACCAAUUUUUAAAAGAUGGAACAGCUGCUAUUUUAUCAUGCUCAGGGUUUAUGAUUAGCUAUUCUGACUGGCUAAUGUAUUUAUAUAUUCUCUCAAAGGGGAUAGUUCAAAAGGAUUGAAUCAGUUAAUUGAAUCACUACACUGUUAUACUUAGAAUAAAUAUGAGUUAGAUAUUAACUCCAGUGGCUUACUUUUCAUGUAUGAUGUUUGUAUAUAUGGGAUAUGGCAAAUGUAACGAAAUAUUUUAUGCAUAUUGAGUAAAUCUUGAUUCUUAUUCAAAUAUUGCUUUUAUUUUCAUUAAAAAAAAAGCCAAAAGAAGAACGAAACAGCUCAUUUACUGCAUAUUUUCAUGAUUGUACAAAUCAUAGGAGAGGAUUUAUUCCUUAGAUAUUGUAUAAUUGACAAUAUGCACAGCAAAACCAAAAUUAACCAAUAAAGGGGGGAAAAACACUUUUGGUGGGGAAAAAAAAUUACAUUUCCACUAUAAAAAAGGUAACAAUAACAGGGCAAACGAAGGGGGCUGACUGUUUUCUUUGUUAUCCGACAACACUUUCACACUUCAGCACCAGGUAUAAAAAAAAAAUCUUUCAAAAGGAACCACUGCUCCUCCCAGUGGUCAUGUUAACAAUCUACACAAGCGGCAGCAGAAAGUGACUAAAAA